AUGGGGGUGAUUAGCAAGUGCUGCAUUUUGAUGGGCCUAGGCUCUAUCGCUUACAUUUUGCGGUGGUAUUACAUUGGCCGACGAUACGUAAACCAGCGAAGGUUCCAGAACAGUGAAGUGAUCGUUUUAACCGGUGCUAACUCCGGCAUCGGGCUUGCGGCGUUGAUCGAACUAUCCGGACGGGGUUGCCACCUCGUGAUUGGGACGCGCAUCGUAUCAGUGGGCCACAGGAUUCGUGAGACGGUGCUCCGCCAGCAUCCUUCGGCUGUAAUCGAUACGUUCGAGCUGAAACUGGAAUCGCUAGCCAGUGUGGUGGAGUUUAGUGAAAACGUACGAAACCUGGGCAAACCGGUGUACGCUCUGGUUAAUAAUGCUGCGGUGUUUUACGCACCACCGAGACUUACCGAGGACAAGCUAGAGUACACCUAUCAGGUGAAUUACUUGUCGCAGUUUUUGCUGACGCUGCGUCUACUGCCCUCGCUAAAAUUACAUCCACGUGAUAGCCGCAUCGUAAACGUCGUCUCACAAGCGCAUCGCUCGGUAUCCGAAAUUCCCGCAGACGGCAGUUUUUGCGGCCCGCUGUUUCCCGACACGAGCGCUAAUCGGUUCCGGGCGUACCAGCAGAGUAAGUUCUGUUUGGUGCAAUUUUCUUAUCGCCUCUCGCAACUUCUUACGGCUGGCUCGAAUGUUCUGUCCGUACAUUGCAUCGAUCCCGGCAACGUAGAGACGGAUAUCUACCGCCACUUUCCACCGCUGGCAAAUCGACUUUUAUACUUCCUCCAGAAACCGUUAAGAAUCUUUCUUGUAAAAACACCCUCCGAGGGAGCUCAGGGGAUCCUGUACUCGGUGCUGACGGACGCGAAACCACCGUUCUACGUGCGUAAGUUUUGGGGCGAACAGACGAGUGAUUUUUGUGAAAUCAACCCACUAGUGCGGAAAGAGGCCCUCGCCGAUUCGCUAUGGAAACAGAGCCGGCAACAGUGCAACCAGCACCUGCUGGAAAUGAUGAUGUUCUAG